AUGACAUCCAGCGGCGAAGCGGCGCUUGCGUACCACGAGCCGUCCAUUGUUGUCAUCCUCGUCCAGUCGUCUUUUCUGCUAUUCCUAAAUGUUCUCAAUUGGGCACUCGAUUCCCUUCUCUAUUGCGGCCUCAUUGGCCAGAUCCUUGUUGGCAUCGCGUGGGGCACACCAGGAGCACAAAUACUCUCGAUUGAGGCGGAGCAUGCUGUGGUCCAGCUCGGGUAUCUCGGCUUGAUUCUCCUCGUCUUUGAAGCGGGGCUUUUGAUCAACUUUCAGUCUCUGAAGGCCAAUAUAGCGCUCUCGAUUGUUGUCGCAAUAACAGGCAUCUGCGCUCCAAUCGCCCUAUCCUUCACCUUAGCCCCCCUGCUCGGCGCCUCAAACCUCCAAUGCUUCGCCGCCGGGGCCGCGCUUUGCUCCACCAGUUUGGGCACCACGUUUGCUGUUCUACGUGCGAGUGGGCUGACCUCCACGCGCCUCGGCGUCGUCCUUACCAGCGCUGCCAUGCUGGAUGACGUGGUGGGGUUGGUCAUGGUGCAGGUUAUCUCCAAUCUGGGCGGAGUUGGAACAUCAGUGUCCGCCGUCACAGUUGUGCGCCCUGUCUUGGUGUCUGUUGCCUUUGUCGUCGUCGCCGUGGUUCUCUGCCGGUUCCUCGUCAGGCCGGUGACUGUCGUUCUGAAUAACUGGCGGAUGACCCAUGGUGGCUGGGGGCUGGAUGGGCUGCUUCGUCGGAGAGAAACAGCGCUCACUCUACAUACGGCCUUGUUGAUCGCGUUGGUGGCGGGGUCAAGCUAUGCGGGGACAUCGAAUCUCUUCGCCUCCUACAUCGCUGGCGCGGUCAUCAGCUGGUGGGACUCGGAGGUUCCUCAUCCUGAAUAUCCCCCUACGCAGAGCGGGGGUGUCGGUGGAAAACGUGCUGCUCAAACCAACCCAGUAGCGAGGCACCCCAAUGAGGACGGCACGACACCGGCGCCGACAUCAGUAUCGGACCACAUCCCCAAGACGACGGCGAGCCCAUCCACGCUCGGCUCAGAUAUCUUUGAGCAUUACUACCACCCGGCGGUGAAGUGGGUAUUGCAGCCAUUCUUCUUCGCCUCGAUUGGAUUUUCAAUCCCGAUUACUAGCAUGUUCUCGGGUCCAACCGUUUGGAAAGGCGUCGUUUACGCCGCCUUGAUGGUGAUAGCUAAACUUUUCUGCGGUCUCUGGCUGGUCCGGUUUCCCAGCGCCAUAGCAUCGUCCAAGAGCAAGAUAAAGAGCCAUGCGAUAGACGGGUCCAAAUCAUCUCACGCGUCCUCCACGCCGGGCCAGGGACCAGGUCCGGCAAUAUCCGGCAGUGGGUCCGAAUUCUCGAGGACACGACCGGGAGCCCCUCCCCCCAAUGUCGCCACCAAUGCCGAAACCAUCGUUGACGAGAUCGCACAGCCGACUGGCGCACCAACGGCGACAUCGGCUGAGACACCCUCGUCCAGAAAAGAGGCACGAAACACCGCCCCUAACCCGCCCAAACCCCGGUCACUUUACCCAGCCUCCAUCCUCGGUCUGGCCAUGGUGCCCCGCGGAGAGAUUGGGUUCUUGAUCUCGGCUCGAGUCGGAGAUCUCCUCGUCGCGACGUGGGCGAUAGUCCUCUGUACGAUCGUCGGUCCGGUGUGCGUCGGCUUGAUGGUUCGCCGGGUGAAGAACCUGGAGAACAAGGCCGUGUGGUCGGCCCGGAGUGGAGGGGAUGCGUCAUGGAGGGAUGUUUUGGGUGUCUGGGGUGUCCAGUAA